AUGGCAACAGCCGGAGACGCUUUACUGCUACUGCGGCUCCCCGCGCUGUUCGAAACCAGCAAGCAGCUUCUGGACGAAGUGGAAGCAGCGACUGAACCCACCGGUUCCCAGAUAAUUCAAGAUAAGGUAUUCAGGGGACUAGACCUCCUUAAGAAGGCUGCUGAAAUGUUAUCGCAGCUCGACUUGUUCAGCCGAAAUGAAGACUUGGAAGAGAUUGCUUCCACAGACCUGAAGUACCUGAUGGUCUCAGCUUUUCAAGGAGCGCUCGCCAUGAAACAAGUCAACCCCAGCAAGCGUCUAGAUCAUUUGCAGUGGGCUCGAGAACACUUUUUAAACUACUUAACUCAGUGCCAGUAUUAUCAUGUGGCAGAGUUUGAGCUGCCCCAAACCAACUCAGCUGAUAAUACUGCUAGUUCCUCCAUGGCGUGUCCCAGCCUCGUUGCUGUGGCAUCUGAAAGACAGGCUAAAAUAGAGAGAUACAAGCAGAAGAAGGAGGUGGAGCAUAGGUUGUUUGCACUGAAAUCUGCUGUGGAAAGUGGUCAAGCAGAUGAUGAGUGUGUUCGUGAAUAUUACCUUCUUCACCUUCGAAGGUGGAUCGGUAUUAGCUUAGAAGAGAUUGAGAGCAUUGACCAGGAGAUGAAGAUCCUGAGAGAAGACGACUCCUCAAAAGACGCAUCAACUUCUUACUCAUCUCCUCAGGACAGGCCUCCAAUGAAACCCUUCGUUCUCACUCGGAAUGUGGCCCAAGCCAAAGUAUUUGGAGCUGGUUAUCCAAGUCUGGCAUCUAUGACGGUGAAUGACUGGUAUGAUCAGCAUCAGAAAUAUGGAGCAUUACCAGAUCAGGGCAUAGCCAAGAUAACACCAGAGCUCAAAAGAGCAGCUCAGCAACAGGAAGAUCAGGAACAAAAGGAGGCAGAGGAAGAGGAAGAGGAGGAGGAGGAGGAGGGGGAAGAAACACUCCACAGAGUUCGGGAGUGGGAUGACUGGAAGGGCACCCAUCCCAGAGGCUAUGGCAACCGACAGAACAUGGGUUAGUCUUACCACAAGAUGGGACUUCAAGGGACUCACAUCUUCCCAGACAAGGAAAGCCAUGCAGUCUUCCCCUACCUGGGCUCCUGCUUCAGCUGUGUAAAAUGAAGAUGCUUAAUCUUGCUUUAUGUUCAAUAAAAUGUCAAACAAG